CUUUCCAUUUUUACCCCUUUCUCUCUCCUCUCCGGCAGUUGCCGUUGCUCUGCGGCGCACUCCUGUCUCCUCCUCCUGUCAGUAGCCGCUGCCGCCGACCCUACAAGUGGUGUGGACACGCCGCCGCGGGCAUGUUCGCCUGGAUCCUCCGGGGCUGCCGCGACGAGAGCUCCGCCUCCGACCAGCUCAAGCAGGCUCGUGAUGUGUUCAAGGCCAAAGAGGCGGUGUUGCAAAAGAAGAUCUCUCAAGAGAUGGAACGGGCCAAGGAGUUCACAAAGUCGGGAAACAAACAGGCGGCAAUGCAAUGCUUGAAGAGGAAAAAGUACUAUGAGAGUCAAAUGAACCAGGUUGGAAGCGUUCAGCUACGCAUUAAUACCAAGGAGAGAAUGAUCGCUGAUCACAUGGGCAACAAGUAACACAAAGUGAGAACACAUCUCUGGAACUAUGUAUCGAACACUGACUGCAUUGUUCUGUUCACAUAUGCAAUCUUGUGAGAUGUCAACCAUUGGUGUGUUCUUUGCCAAACAGCACAUCACACUUUAACAUUAGGCCUUGUUUGGAUGUUGUCGGAUUCACCUUAAUCCACAUGUGUUGGAGUGGAUAUGGGUGGAAUUUAGUUCAAUUUCCACUCCAACCCACCCUAACACAUGUGGAUUGAUGCGAAUCCGACUACAUCCAAACAAGGCCUUAGUGUGACCUUAAUACAAGAAUAAGAUAUUGCAUUUUGGACCAGACUUCUUGUUUCCUAGGCAUGACAACACUUAUUUCCUAGCAUGUUGUACAGUGUAUAUAGUGUGAGCCAUACUUGUUUUGCAUCCACAUUCUCAUUGUAUUCAACUGAAUAACAAUUACCAAGUCAUUUGAUGUUUUAAAUUUUUUUGGCA